ACUAGCAUUGAUUGAUAGAACCGACAUGAAAAAUAUAUUCUGAAACAUAUACAGAUAUAUACAUAUUAUAUAUACACAUACAACACAUUGUUGCUGCAGAGGAAGGAGAAAGGGGAGAAGCAUUGUGAAGUACUUCUUCAACUGGUUAUAGACUUGUGCUGGAGGUCCUUCAUAUUGUAGAAGAUAAGAGCGGAAACAAAUCUCUGCCUGUCUUGGUAGCUUGGAGAAGAAGUGUUUAGUAUUACAUUGAUUGCUGGAACGAAAUUUGUAUUGGAGCAAAUGAUGUUUCCUUAUCUGGAAUGGUGUAACAUUAGAUUUUUUUCCAGGACCUUCAUCUUGUUUACUUAAACAUGACGAUGGAUGAAAGGGUUGAAGAUCUGCAGAAUCGAGAUGAAACUCAAAAAGCAUGGUCGAUAUCUGCACAUGCCUUUUCCGAUUUAUCACAUGUCUCACCAUUGAUGUUUCUGUACCUUCUAAAAGAAUCAUACACAUGCGGUGAACUAAAAGCAUCUGCCAAGUUCCGUAGACUUAAAGAUCAAGUCCUUCAGGUCCUACACAAUGGUCCCAAACCUGGACCGGCCAUUUUUGUCGCUCAGUGUCUGUACAUUUUGCCCAUAUUUGAUACAUAUCGCAACGGAUUCAGUCACUUGAUAAUAUCUGCUCUUCAUCACUUUUUGAAAUCGGGAACCACUCAAGAAGACAAACUAGAAGCAAAACUGCUAGCUGCCAAAUUAUUCCUGCUUAGAGUUCAAUACAGUCUGGUUCAUGAUGAAAAGGUUUUAGUAAAGAUCCUUGAAGUAUUUGAUGUAAGUUUGACAGAUAUAGAGAUAGGCAUGCAAGAUCUGGAUGCAAAAGGUGACGUUAGUCCAGACACAGCAAAAGUACUUAUCGAGCAGUAUGUAUCCAAGCUGAUAGAAUCUGAGUCAUUUAUGACAGCAAUUUCUUUAUUAGAACGCUUCUCCAUUCAAUGGUCUGGAGAGCCUUUCCUACUACAGAUGAUUCAAUGUAAUAAAUUUAGAGCAGCAGAAAGGUGGGCUACAUUUAUGGGAAAACCAAUGCUGCAAGUGCUUGUACAGGAAUAUGUUAAGCAAAAACAACUAAAGCCUGCUUAUGAUGUUAUAAAGGAAAACAAUCUUUGCCAGGAAUUUCCAGAAGUGUGUCAACAAUAUAAAGAAAGCUUGCUAAAGAAGCUAGCAGAACAUGGCUGCUGGGACAAUGCAGAGGCAAAGGCGAAAGGCAAUAGACAAUAUUUGGAGUAUGUGGUAUAUUUGGCAAUGGAAGCAGGCUACGUAGAGAAAGUUGAGGAACUCUGCACGAAAUACUCACUUGAAGGUUUCGAGAAUGUCAAAAAGACUGAAGCAAAUCUCAGAAAGAGUUGCUACCUGCAUCUUGAUGACCUGUGCAUCGAGGAUGUAGUGUGGGUUGAUGAAGUAGAUGGUUUGCGUGAUGCUACAUUCCACCUUGAGGAAUUUAAAGUUGUUGGCCUUGAUUCUGAAUGGAAGCCCAAUUAUGAAAAGGGCAGUGCACCAAAUAAGGUCUCUAUCAUGCAAAUUGCUUCGGAAACCAAGGUCUAUAUACUUGACCUGAUAAAGUUAUAUGAUAGUGAUCCUGAUAGUUUAAAUCAAUGUCUAAGCCGAAUAUUGCAUUCUUCCAGGAUUCUGAAACUUGGCUACAAUUUUCAGUGUGACAUCAAGCAGCUUGCUUACUCUUAUCAAGAUUUGCAGUGCUUUGAGCACUAUGAGAUGCUGCUUGAUAUUCAGAAUGUGUUCAAGGAACACCGUGGUGGUCUCUCUGGUCUAGCAGAGAAAGUACUGGGACGAGGCUUAAACAAAACGAGACGAAAUAGCAACUGGGAGAAGAGACCUUUAAGCAUUUAUCAGUUAGAGUAUGCUGCUCUUGAUGCUGCAGUUCUCCUCCACAUUUUCCGGCACGUUCGUGACCAUGUACAGCCUUCAGCUGUUGCUAAUGAACACAGCAAAAUUGAGUGGAAAUCUUACAUUGUUUCGCACAAGGACAAAGUUGGAAGAAUCAAGAAAAGGAGCUAAGAGCAGAAAAGAGAAUGUUCCUGAGGCAGAUGAGGGUGCCCUGAAAUCUUAACAAUUCACCUGAGGAACAUAAUGCUAGGGACGCCUAGCCUAUAUUUCAGCCGAAUUCUCUUUUAGCUGUGACAGAUAUUUUCUGUUUUGACAAAUAGGGAAAGAUCUUUGCUAUAAUCUUUAUGAAUGUGCAUGUGAAACUUAUUUAGCAGGGUAAACAAUGCCUGCAAAUGAACGCUUUUAGUCCUCAAAUGGACUAAUUUUUUAUUUUCUAGGCCCAAAGAGGUUCAAUUAAAUGAGUAAAUCUAUGGGGGCUUAAACGAUAACUCCCUUCCCUAA